UCUCGAGAAACUCACACUCGACAUCCCACGCCCUGAACGGUUUCUGGAUGCUAUUUUCGCACCAAACCUUCGACACUUUCACUACAUGGAUAACAAGUCCGUUUGGGACGCCUUCGGAAUGUAUGGGUUGAAAUUUUGCAAUGUCCACCACCUUACUUUCGAUGCGACGUCAUUUUCGGUAUCCCAAAUUAACGGCACAGCUUUCUGUCAGGGAUUCCCUAACACGCGUUAUGCAGCGCUGCAUUCGAAUAGCCUCCCUUUCUUCUUCACAACUAUUCCCAUGUGGUUGCAAGCUCCGAUAGACAAAUGGGCGAGCCUCGAAACAUUAACGAUAUUGGAUUCCGGCAUCCACACCAAAGGAUUUGUUCCACUUUUGCAAUGGCUGGAGUUGCGACAAGUCUUUGACUUUCCGAAGUUGCAUAUCAAGCUCACGGGCGAUCCACUCAGCCCACUGGAUGCGACGGAACUAUCUAUCCUUUAUAGCAAGUUAAAAAACCUCUGCGUGCUAGAACUGGACUGCCUACCGUUGUCUCCCGCGGCACAUCUUACCAGGACAACCGGUCUUCCACAUUUGGUGCGUGAUUGAUCUACUCUGAUGCCUUCUCAAUGACAUUUUUUGGGUCCCGACCAAGUAACGUUAAGUGCAGCACGGGCGCCAACGGCCUGUAUAUUCAUAUAAGAGGAAGCUAAAUAACGUUGAUAUCUAUUGACUCGGAGUACUGCCGAACCUUCAAAUUGACAGCGCAGUGGCUUGCCGC